CCCUGGGCCGGAGACGCCCUGCGGGCUUGGGGGGCAGGCUCAGGGCACAGCACGUGCAGAGUUACCGUGGGCAGUUUCUCUAUGUGCAGGAGCAGGAAGUGGGUGAUGCGGGUGACAUGGGGUGACAUUGCUACACGGGCCCGGACGGUUUCUCAACAGGAGGAGCUGCGGCCUCGGCUGUGCCACAUGAAGAAGGGUCCCAAUGGCUAUGGCUUCAACCUGCACAGCGACAAGAGCCGCCUAAAUCUUGGUGCUCCCUCACAGCCCGGUGCCUGGGAAGGAGCUGUCCUUUGCUGGGAAGCCCCGCAAGGCUGCAGAUACCUGUGGAGGCUGUGGGGUGGCCGUGCUGGGGUUGUGACUGGUACCAAGGCUGGUACCUGGCACCUCCACAGAGCUCCCAAGGGACAGAUGUCCCCUGGCCCCAGCGGUGACGUGGUGCCAUGCCUGCAGGUGAAUGGGGUGUGCAUGGAGGGCAAGCAGCACGCCGAUGUGGUGGCAGCCAUCAAGGCAGGCGGCGACGAGACCAGGCUGCUGGUGGUGGAUGCCCUCACAGAUGAGUUCUUCAAGAAGUGCAAGGUGGUGCCCUCUGAGGAGCACCUGGCAGGUCCCUUGCCAGAGCCAGUUGCCAAUGGCGAUAUAGGAAAGGAAAACGGCGGAGAGCCACGGUCCAACUCCGUGUCCGAGAGCCCGUCCAGCCCCGGGCCACUGGCUGGGUCCCCCGAUGCCCGCCAGACCCACACACAGGAGGCUGACAAGCGCCAUUCGGCAUCUGGCUCCCUCCUGGACCUUGACAUCCCGCUGGCGGUGGCCAAGGAGCGGGCACACCAGAAGCGUACCAGCAAGCGGGCACCCCAGAUGGACUGGAGCAAGAAAAACGAACUGUUCAGCAACCUGUGAAGGCCCAGGGGCGAGGGUCCACCGGCCCCCCCAGCUUUGCACCCACCACUCCUGCAUCCCCUUCCUCCCCGCCACGGGCUCCCG